GGGCUUUGGGACAACCAGCGACGGACAGUUUUCCCGUCUUCGUUACUAUCGCUGCCUCUUCCCGCCGCACCCACUCCCGGGCCCGUGUUUCAACGCACUCGAAUAAUCUAUCUAGCUUUUGUUUGGCUUCGCGACCGUCGCCGUCCUCCGCAGAUCCGAAAUCCCCCGUCGCGGCGCACUUCAAACGCCCGACUCUGGCCCACAAACGCGCGCGCGCACCGUCCGAGUGCACCAGCCAGUCGAGACUUACAAGCCAGGGCACCCACCCGCGGCAUCGGCAUAGACGCCGCGUCUGCGCGAGCAUUUACGCCAUCGCCUUGCCCGCACAGCAGCAGCCAUGUCCGACAUCGACGAUGACCUGCUCGCCCUCGCCGGCGGCGCCGUGUCGUCAGACGAGGAGGAGGUUGCGUCUAACCGGGGCCGGGGCCAGUCGCGGUCUCCACCGCCCGGCAAGAAGGACGCCUCGGCCACAAAGGACGGCGCCUCAAAGAAGGCGAAAAAGCCCAAGGCCCGGGCGACGUCAGAUGAUUCAGAGGAGGAGGGCCAGGCAUCCUCCGCGCCAUCCAGCCCGCGAUCCGAGCAGUCGGUGCCAAUGGACGAAUCCGACUCGGACGACGAUCGACGGCAGAGCAAGACCCGCGAUGACGAAGAGGACAAAUACCCCGUAGAGGGCAUGUUCCUGAGUCUUGCAGAGAAGGCCCACAUCAUGAGCCUGCGCGAGAUCGAGCGUGAGGAGAUCUUGGCGGAGCGCGCUCAGGAGAAGGAAAAGAUGAUCCAGAACCGCCUGCUGCGGCAGCUCGUCAGCAACAAUGAGCUGCAAAAGAAGCGCACUGCCAGCUCCGCAGGCCUCGAAGACGACCGGCGCAAGACGUCCCGGGUGCGGACCAAAAUCGGCGGCACCCGCGUGGGCGAGACAAACUCGGCCCUCGACACUCUCAAGAAGGCGAGGGCCGAGAAGGAAGAGCGGACGCGCCGGCGGGAAGAAGACAAGGAGCGCCGCAAGGGCAGGUCACCAUCGUUCCACGACGAGUUCGAGGACGACGGCGAUGCCGACAGCGAGGUCGACUGGGCCGGACCGUCAAAGUCCAAGGCCAGGGACAAGGAGCCGAAGAAGGAGGACCUACCGGCGGAGCUGGACCACAUACAGCGGGUCCGUCUGAGCCGCAACCGCUUCGGCCAGGUCUGCUUCCAUCCGGGAUUCGAGAAAGCCAUGGUUGGCUGCUUCGUGCGCAUAUCUAUCGGGCCCGAUCGGGAGACAGGCGAGAACGUGUACCGCAUGGCAGUCAUUAAGGGCAUUGCCAAGGGCAAAGAAUACGCGACCGAUGGCGCACAUGGUACCAUCAUCACGGACCAGUAUGUCACUGCAGCACAUGGAAAGGCUGUCAGAGAUUGGCCCUUUAUCGCCUGCUCCAACUCUCCUUUUACUGACUCCGAGUGGAGGAGAUACAAGAGCACGUGCGCCUCGGAAGGGGAGCCCCUUCCUACCGAGUCCAAAAUUGAUGCAAAGGUGAAGGACAUUAAUGGGCUCCUAGCCCACGCGUGGACCAACGAGGAGGUUUCUCAGAAGAUCGAAAGGAUCCGGAAGCUGAAGGCCCGAUUCCAGGGCUAUGACCGCAUGGAGCUGGAGCAAGAAAUUGCCGAGUCGCGGGCGGUGGGCAACGAAGAUCGGGCCAAGGAGCUUCAAGAGCAGCUCGAUAACCUCGAGACUCCGCGACUGGCCUUCAGAACGUCACUCACACAACACAAAAAGCCCGCCAGCAGCUCCAACAGCAGCAUGUCACAGCAGGAGCGUCUGGCGCAGCUCAACAUUGAGAACCGAAAGCGCAACCGCGACGUGGUGCGCAAGGCGCAGCUCAAGGAACGCACCUUCAGCGAGCGCAAGCUGGAGCGCAGCCAAAGCCAGACACAGUCUCCGCAAAAGGCAUCCGCUGGCGUGGAGAGCGGGUCGAGCACGCCGGCCGACGGCACGCCGAAGCUCGGGGCACAGAAGCCGGUGCUGCUACCGCACCUAGCCAAGCUGCAGCAGAACAGGGACAAGAAGGGCCUGCCGACCAUCCACAAACCGCUCAUGGACGACGACAUCAUUGGGGCGCUCGACCUGGAGAUUGACGAGGACAUCCUUGCGUGAGCGGUGUAGACAAGCAUGGGCGGGUGGGGGAAGGUCCAAGCGGAAAAUUGAGUCUCGAGAAAAAAGAGCAAAAAGAAAAUCAGAUUUGCAGAGUAGAGCACAGCGAACGGAUGGGUAGUUAUGCCAUGUGGCCGGAGACAUGAUGCAUGGAUGUAUAUAGAGCUAGAGGUGCCCGAUCCCAGAUACUUUGCAACUUCAUACGCAAGGUGUGGGUGGCGCAACAGCCGACAUUGAAGAGUUAUUAAGCAAGCUAUUUGGAUAGAGGAAGGUCCGGCGGGAGCUCAGGGGGUUGAUUAUCUGAGGCGUGCUAUCUCCAGAUGGCACUCUCACGUUGUAUACUUUUGCUGAAUACACGAUAUCGCCGGUUGAGAUCACAUGUCAGCAUUCGG